UAGUGUUGUUUUAUAGUCGUGUAACGUUACAGUACCGGUCUCAUGAACGCACCUUAGCGACGUUUGUUGUUGUUACCUUUAGUCACACAUAGUUUAUUCUAAAACUUACAUUAUAUCUUAUAUUAAAUGUAAAAUAAAUGAUGCAAACAGAACAGAUACUUCACAGUGAGGCUCAGCAACAGGAAUCAUGAAUUACGCUCGGUUUCUGACGGCUGUCAGUGCAGCCAGGAAGCCCUCUCCCAUCAGGAUACUGACCGAGCUGCAGCAGCGGUCGCCUCCGUCCCUCAUCUCUUUGGCCGGAGGAGCACCGAACCCCAACACCUUCCCCUUCCAGUCGGCGUCCAUCAAGGUGAAGAACGGGCAAACGGUCUCCUUCGACGAAGCCGCGAUGAAGAGGGCUCUGCAGUACUCUGCCUCGAACGGAAUCCCUGAGCUGCUGACGUGGAUGAAGAACCUGCAGAAGAACCUCCACAACCCACCGACCGCCAGCUACACCUCCGAGAACGGCCAGAUGGACAUGUGUGUGACGACAGGGAGUCAGGAGGGGCUCUGUAAGGUGUUUGAGAUGCUGGUAAACCCUGGAGACAAUGUUCUGCUGGAUGCUCCCACGUAUUCAGGCACGCUGGCAGCACUUCAGCCACUCGGUUGCAACUUAAUCAACGUUCCCAGUGAUCAGCACGGCAUGAUUCCCGCAGCCCUGAAGGAGGUCUUGUCUCGGUGGGACCCGUCAGAGGUCCACAAGCCCGGCAGCACUGCUCCCAAAGUUCUCUACACCAUCCCCAACGGAGGAAACCCCACCGGCGCCUCCAUGACGACUCAGAGGAAGAAGGAAGUGUAUGAGCUGGCCAGGCAGUACGACAUGCUCAUCAUCGAGGACGACCCGUACUAUUUCCUGCAGUUUGACAAGCCGUGGGCUCCCACGUUUCUCUCCAUGGACGUUGACGGGAGGAUCAUCAGGACAGACUCUUUCUCUAAGAUCCUGUCUUCAGGGCUGAGGAUAGGUUUUGUGACCGGUCCCAAACCACUGGUGGACCGAGUGGUGCUGCACAUCCAGGCCUCAACAAUGCACACUAGUACCUUCACACAGCUCAUGGUGUCUCAGUUGUUGCACAGCUGGGGCCAAGAGGGUUUCCUCCAGCAUAUAGACAGGGUGAUUGAGUUUUACAGGGGACAACGUGAUGCCAUGAUCAGCUCUGCAGACAAGUGGCUCAAAGAUGUAGCAGAGUGGCACUCCCCAUCAGCAGGCAUGUUUCUGUGGAUCAAACUAAAGGGCAUCGCUGAUACCCAACAGCUCAUUAUGCAGAAGGCGCUAGAGAAAGAGGUGCUGCUGGUUCCCGGAGGUGUCUUCAUGAUCAACAGCAGUGACCCCUGUCCCUACGUCAGAGCUGCCUUUUCUCUCUCCACACCAGAACAGAUUGAUGAGGCUUUCAGGAGACUCUCUUCACUCAUCAAAGAAGCUUUGUGAUGAGAGACUUUUUCUCGGCAGAUGAUGUAUUUUUCUAACUUAUUGUUGAGGGUUUUUAUGUUAAAAUAUAUCAUUGAGUUUGAAUAUAUUUUAAUAUUCUGUUAUCUUUGACUGUAUCUAAACACAAUCAAGAAGACACUUUCAGAGUUAUAUUGGCACAAAUGUUUGUUUGGCUGCAUGUCCAGUCAACAUGGUGCUGAACACUACAAGCCCUUUGGAACAAUGAAAGAAAGCUCAGUCAUGAUUUGUUGCUCCAUCAUUGCACAACACAGUGAAGAUGUUUUUAUCUUUUCUGUGACAGAAAAUAAGUAAAUAAUAGCUUUUAA